CCAGCCCUUCGUGUUAUUGCCAAAUCGUUACAUUGGCAUGUGUUGCCAUCCUUAUGGACGCCACAAUAUAAAAUCGCAUCUGCCCACCACGUUCCCGGCUGGACCGAUAUGUUAAUGCCAACGCCGAAUCCUUCCCUGUAAUCCACCGACGCGGCGGUAUUAUAUUCGGCGUAUAAACAUCCAAUUCACACCGUCCAAAUAUCGAGAAUUCCGCUACCACUGCUCUCCGCCCUCCGUUCUUUCCCGCCAUUGCUUUUGUCGUAGAAGCAGACGAGAGAGACAUAGAGAUACGGCGAAGGAGGAGGAGAUUGAAUGAGGCAGGAGGCAAAGAGGUUGGGCCUGCCGUCGACGAGAUCCAGUCAUGGAUCUCGCCGGAGGAAGAUUCAAAAGACUUUCAAUAAUGUCAAGAUCACGAUCCUCUGCGGCCUCGUCACUAUCGUCGUUCUACGCGGUACAAUUGGCUUAGGUAAUCUCGCUGCCGUUGUGGAUGGAGAGUCCAACCAGAAGGAAGUCGAAGACAUCGAGCGCAUCCUCCGCGAGAUUCGCUCUGAUUCCGACCCCGAUGAAGACGGCAUCCCUCAGUUCUCUGAAGCCGUCGUCGCCGCAGGUAACAUUACGACUGCUGACAACGUCACUCUAUCCGGUUCCGACGCCGCAUCUUAUGUCUUCGGAAAGAGCUACACGCUCGGCCCUAAGAUUGCAAACUGGGACCAGCAGCGGGAGCAGUGGCAGAUCCAGAACCCGGGAUUCCCCAGCCAAAUCGCUGACGGAAAGCCGAAGAUAUUGCUUGUCACUGGAUCGCCUCCUAAUCCUUGUGAUAACCCGAUUGGUGAUCAUUAUCUCCUUAAGGCUACCAAGAAUAAGAUUGACUACUGCCGCCUUCACGGAAUUGAGAUUGUGUACAACAUGGCUCACCUUGACCGCGAGCUCGCCGGAUACUGGGCGAAGCUUCCCCUAUUACGCCGCUUGAUGCUUUCUCAUCCGGAGGUGGAGUGGAUCUGGUGGAUGGACAGCGAUGCACUCUUCACCGACAUGGAUUUCGAGAUCCCCAUGAGCAAAUACACGGGAUAUAAUCUUGUAAUCCACGGCUACCCGGAUCUCCUCUUCGAACAGCAUUCCUGGAUCGCGCUCAACACCGGGAGUUUCCUCUUCCGGAACUGCCAGUGGUCGCUGGAUCUGCUUGAUGCCUGGGCUCCAAUGGGGCCGAAGGGGCCUGUGAGGGACGAGGCUGGUCGUCUUCUUACUGCCAAUUUGAAGGGAAGGCCGGCAUUUGAGGCGGAUGACCAGUCUGCGCUCAUAUACCUUCUCCUUGCUCAGCAGGAUAAGUGGGGGAAUAAAGUUUACGUUGAGAAUUCUUAUUACCUCCAUGGAUUCUGGGCGGGAUUGGUGGAUAAGUAUGAGGAGAUGAUGGAGAAGCACCACCCUGGUUUGGGUGACGAAAGAUGGCCUUUUGUCACUCAUUUUGUUGGAUGCAAGCCCUGCGGUAGCUAUGGGGAUUAUCCAGUUGAGAGAUGCAUCAGUAGCAUGGAGAGAGCUUUCAAUUUUGCAGAUAACCAAGUUCUAAGAAUUUACGGUUUCGCACAUAGAAGGCUGUCGAGUUCGAAGAUUAGGAGGAUCAGAAAUGAGACAGUAACUCCUUUGGAUAUCAAGAAGCGGAUAAAUGUCCAGGACAGGAUAAUCAGCAGCUGAUCAGAUUAAGCAGGGUUAAGAUCGAAUUCAAUUGCCAUCGAAGGUUAGUUCGAUGGCUCUAUUAUUUGAUAUGAAGUUUGACUGAUCGGAAUAUGUAACUUAAGUUUCUGAUCUUUACUUUUUUUUAAUCUUUUGAUAGCAUUUUGAUGUCGUGUUCUAUAUCUGUUAAGCGGAUAAUUGUCUUGGAAAGGAGAUACAAGAAAUGAAAUUAAUUUUUUCAA